CAUUGAAGGAUGCUGUGCAUGAUCAAGUUGUCUCUUUCAAAAAAAACAACAGGUCGGGAGGGGCCAUCGAAAAGCCGAAGCAUCAUGUAUUUGCCUACCAUGAUCUCUUGAUGUAGCGUAGUGCAAGUCAUUGACAUUGGAUUUCAUCAACUCAUUGCAACAUUGUAGUGCAAGUCAAAAUUGCAACGACAACUGGAGGAAUUAGUUGUAGUGCAAGUCAUUGACAUCACUUUCAUUUUUUUCAUGUUCUUGCAUCGUCUUCGCCUCUGCUCUACUUUUACUAGGGACCCACCACGACAGUUUCCACUCUAUCACUCAUUACAGUGACUACCGCAAACAGCAAACAACAAACAAUCAUGAAUCCCGACCACGUCCAAGGAUCAAUCUUUGAGACCGCGAAGGAGCGGGAAUUGGCCUCCGUAUGGCCAGUUGAGCUGUUCGAGAAGCAUCGGCCUCGCAUUUUCGAGGAUGCGGUGGACUUUAUUGACGAAUUGCUCACGGGAGACUUCGUUCAUGGAGUCUACAUUCUGCGUACUUACGACUAUUCAUAAUUUGAUUCGUUUAUAAGUAUUUUGUCUUGGACCAAUGGUUGGAUGCGAUAUGUCUUGUUCGAUAAGAUGAAAAUGUUUUGUCAGUAAUGAUCGUGAAGACACAAACACUAUAAUCAGCAUCAGACAGUAGAGCAACAUUAUGUUCUCUGAUUGAUAAAAAUGUCGACAUCUUCUUUCAUUCAAUUAUCGGGUCACUUGUCCUCAGAAAAUGAUUAUAAUGGCUCUCUACAGGUGACGGCUGUCGCAAGUUGGGUCUCGAACUCGAGAGCUGCUUCGAUAAGGAGCUCGCAGAAUGUUUGCGCAAUUCCAAGAACGUCUACGAUUUCCUGCAGGAAAUCCGAAGGCGGGGACUCGAGAGCCUGUACAAAGCCAGAGUCCAGUAUUUGGUGGAGAAGGAUCUGGUGAAGACGAGAGAGGCAGCAGAGGAUACUUCUAGUACUGCUAGUAGUAUGCAACUUGAUGAUGAUGCUUUGAUCGCGCACAUGCUGAAAAGAGUAGCGGACGAGAGCAAAAAUGCGAAGAAGAAGGAUGUUGAACAAAAGACGAAGGAGGCUAGUUCUAGUGCUGGUACAACUAAUCAUGGAGCCGUGAUUGGAGAAGUUUCCACUACAAGUGGGCUUACGACAACGGCUACAACAUCAGAGGAUGAAACUUCCACACGAAAGCAGGAAGACAAGCACAUGCACAGUUCAUCUUCUAAAGCUACUACUGCUUCUUCCACUACGAAAAAGACAUACCGCGUCAAAUUUCAGAAGGAUGUCUGCAAAGAUAAGGACUUGACUAAGCAGAUUGAUAAGUUGAACGAACUGUUGGAGGAGGAGAAGAAAUCAGUACUAGCGGAUGCGGAAGUUGUAUCCACCGAAGUAUCCACCUACUACACAAGAACAUCUUCUACCCUAAAACAAAGUCUGUACAUGACCGAGCUGCGCCAUAACGCGGAGCGGCCACACCCGUUGCAGGAGAAGGAGAAAGUGAAGACCGUUUUGAGACGGGAUAUGCGAGAUGUGUGCGCUGAAUAUGGCGAAUACGCUCUGUAUUGGGACCGCUACGACGAGGGCGUUUUCUUGGGUGCACAUCGAAGUGGCAAGGCCUUGCACAUCGACCAGAUACUGUGGCAGAACAUCGGCAAAAAUUGGACAGGUUACAAGUUGUUAGCUGCUUGGCCGGUACAAGAAACCAGCAAACUGUUGCACCUGGUGGGGGACUGCUUGUUUCUGCCGAGAGAAGAAGAGGAAUUAAGAGUAGGUUAAAGGUGCUUUUCUUGCCGCUUUUUAUGCCUCUCUCCCUUAGGAUGAGAAAGGCAUAACAAGCGGGGUAAGCGAGCACCAAAAGCCUACCUCUAAAAGAAGAGGAGUGGGGGGUGCAGCAGGAGCGAGAGUCGCAUCAAGAUGGGGCUUCUACGCCGUCAACGAAAAGUGGAAAUUCAGUAUCAUCUCCGUCUGCUGGUUGUACUUCAUCUACGAAAAAUGGAAGUUGUACAACAGAUCCAGAUCAUGUUGUACAAGAACUUCUAGAGAAGAAAUCUCGAGCACAGCAAGAGAAAAAACUCCGUCUCCCCGCUCUAGAACUAGCCCUUCUGAAAAAAGCAGCAGCAGUUUGCCUAAUACGUCCUGGUGAUGUCUUUUACUUCACUGGUGGCAUCCCGCACGUCACCCUCUCCGUAGGCACCGAAGAAAUGAAUGUUUGUGCUUACGAGAGCAUCGUCACGCUGAAUCGAACGCAUGUGCUGCACUUCUUGUCCCAAAGCGACUUCUGGCAAGGCUUUCGUGUUAAGGGUUUAGAGCUGUACGCAGACAUGGCGAUGCCAGAAUCCGAACUAAAAGACGUUAAGGCAGACAUGGUGGAUCGAUUAGCGGCCAUUGGAGAUCGAUGGAUCGACACCAUGGACUUCCUAGAGGAAUUCGAGACUCUAGCACCGCCAAACAAGCGACGUGGUAUCAAUGGCUCUGCUCGAGAUCUCUUUCGAGUAGGCAAGAGAGCCUGGGGAGAGCGUUAUCCAGAACUUUUGAAUGUCAUUGCGGCUGGUCUACAAGAAGGAGGAGGAGGAGGUGGUUCGACUUCAAAUAGAAGUAGUACACAAACAGCUAGUACGGAUAAUCAUGAUUCUUUCACUAUUAGUACAGCUAAGACCAUCCCUCCUAAACUCGAGAAGUACAUUGAAGAUUUGAUCCGGUACCCUGACCUGAGCACAAGUGUCACCGAGCUGUGGCGCCGACUCCGUUCUAGUGAUUUGAUGCGGCGAUUACAACGUCAAUUCAUCGACUCAGUCAAUCUCUGCGUACGGGAUGACUACUUUCGAAAAGAACUACCUAGACGAAUCUUUGAGGUCGUCGCUAAGAUGGAGACGUUAUUGGAUUUAUGGGAGGCUCAACAACACGGCCACGGAUUGGAGGUGGUUUCAUCUGGUUCUCAUACUCAAGAACAGGAAGGAGAAGUAAAGGUUGUACACGAGGAUUCAUUGUGUAUCAAAGGUACGAAGCGACGAAAGAUUGCCAAGGAAGUGGUGAAUCUGUGUCCGACUAGGUCCUCUACUAAAUCCUAUGUGAACACGAUCCCUUAUGAGAUUGGACCCCUCGACCCAGAACGGAUUGAAGACUGAUCAUUAUACCUGUUGACACAUUAUCCCACGCACCCCACUUCCCAUUUCUUACAACUGACCUUCCUUUUAGUUUUUUUAACAAACUCUUGGCAUCCACGCUUGGAUACAGCUUUGCUUUGGUAUCAUAUA